AUGGGACAACUUCCUCCUGUCAGAAUACAAUCUGAUUUUCCAUUCUAUAACUCUGGCAUAGAUUAUGCUGGACCGUUUUCAUUACUUGUUGGUUCCAAGAAAUCACGCACAUAUUCGAAAGCUUAUUUAGCUAUCUUCGUCUGCAUGGUCACGAAAGCAGUACAUGUAGAAGUCGUCUCAGAGUUGACAACGAAAGCCUUUAUUGCGGCACUCAUUCGCUUCUCAUCACGUCGUGGUAUUCCACACUCCAUAUUUUUGGACAAUGCAACCACGUUUGUAGGUGCAAACAAUGAACUACAAGAUCUACAUCAGUUUUUUGAGUCAUCUAAAACUCAACAAGAUAUUCAUAACUACACGUCGGUUCUCAAUAUCAAGUGGCACUUCAUUCCACCUCGCGCCCCAUCUUUUGGAGGUCUAUGGGAGAAUGCUGUCAAGAAUUUCAAGAAAAUUUUCAAAGUCGUCACAUUCAAUCAUGUUCUUAAUUUUGAAGAUAUGACUACAUUCGCAGCUCAAAUUGAAGCUAUCCUUAACUCUCGUCCACUCGUACCUCUUACAGAGGACCCUCAAGAUCUUCAGUAUCUCUCGCCAGGUCACUUCUUAGUUGGUCGCCCAUUGACUGCGUUGCCUUUCCAUUGCCCACCCACCACCCAUGUCGAUAACAGGUGUCGUUGGAAACUUCUUCAAAAAAUCACUCGAGAACUUUGGGACAGAUGGUCUAAGGAGUACUUAGUCACACUUCAACGCAAGCACAAAUGGCUUACUGAAUCGGACAAUCUCACAGUUGACACCAUGGUUCUUCUGAAAGAUCUCAAUUCUGCUCCUUCCACAUGGAAGUUAGCUCGCAUCAUUGAAACCCAUCCAGGUGCAGAUGGAAAAGUUCGUGUUGUUACAGUGCAGACUGCGCAUGGUAGGUUCAAGAGAGCCAUCUCUAGUCUCGCUCCGCUUCCAGCAUUUGAAGAUGAUUAA